AAACAAACACCCAUGAAACGCAGUUAAUUGCGCAGCAGUGUAGACAUGCUUUUGUGGUUGGGGUUCUUAAAUAUGAAUUUAAAUGUUUUACUAAUUAAUUACAUGCUUUUGUGGUUGGGGUUCUUAAAUGUUUGCCCAGAGUUACUAUAAAAUGUCAGGGCUGCCCUGCUAGUCUCCUUCACCGUUUGUAAAGAAAGGCAAAAAAUGACCUCCUUCUUUCCCUGAGAAACCAGCCUGCAGAGACGUCCUCUAAAAAGCUCUGACUCUAUAGAGAAACCAGAGCACCUAGAUCUACAGAGCAUCCCCCAAACGCUUCCAUAAUCACAACACAAGCCUGCAGAAAAGGCACUGAACACCAACAUUUUGUUCAACGUUAAUUACAUCCAGAACGACAACAUCAGACUUCUUCCUUAUUUCAAAACAUAUGGAUGGGUCGGAAAGUCACGACAAAGCUUCUUGGACCAAGGCAAUGUUGCACACAUUUUGCGAUAUAUGCAUCAAAGCUAUCGAGAAAGGGAUGAGGCCUAAUACUCACUUCGACAAAGCUGGAUGGAAAUUUAUUAUCACUGCAUUCAAAGAACAAACUGGACAUUCGUUCACUAAAUCACAACUGAAGAACAAAUGGGACGGAAUUAAAAAGGACUGGAGGAUUUGGAAAAGGCUAAUAUCUGAAACUGGUGUUGGAUGGAGCUCUGAACUUGGUACAAUCUCCGCAUCUGAUGAAUGGUGGAAAACUAAAAUACAGGAAAUUAGAGGAGCAAAGAAGUUUAGGCAUGUCGGCAUAGAGCCAACAUUGUGUGCAAAAUAUGACACAAUGUUCAGUAACAUUGUCGCAACUGGACAACAUGCAUGGGCCCCAUCUCAAGGAAUGAUUUCUGAAGAAGAUCAAGGUGGUGAUGGAUUGGGAAAUUCAAGUAAUGUUGGCAUAAAUCUCAAGGAAGGAAUUGGCGAUUCAGAGGUGGAUGUUGUUCCUGAUUUUGUGGAAGAUGUUAGUAGGAUGGUGGCUGGUUGUAAUGUCCCAAAUAGCAGUAGCAACCACAGUAGUGUUAAAAGAAAAGCUACUGAAACCUCCAUACCUCAACCUCAAAAAAAAAAGGGGGGGUCUGGAAUGGGAGCUAAGUUAUGCUCACGUUUAGAUCGACUUCUUGAGAGUGUUUUGAUUGCUAGUAAUUGUACAGUGAAUUCAAGAGACAAGAAAGGAUGUAGCAUUGAGGAGGUAAUGGAAGAGUUUCAUUCAAUACAUGGUGUUGACUUUGGAAGUCCAAUACACAUCUUCGCAACAGAAUUCUUCCGUGGAAGAAGCAAAAGGGAGAUGUGGAAAGCAAUGGGAAAUCUUGAGAGAAAAUACUCUUGGUUGAAAAUAAUGUACGAACGACAAUCAAAACAGUAGAAAAAAGAGUUGUUAGAGGGGAAAACAAUGUUAUUGCUGUCUACUGCUGUGUUCGUGGAAGGUUCGCAAUGGCAUGAUAACUUCACGUUGAAUGGAUCAGGCUGUGAAUCUUUUAUUUUCUGUUCUUUACAUAGUUCAUAAUGAACAGCUGUUAAGUUCUCUAACGUGUAUGCAAUGUCUUAUGUUGAUAUAUUGUAAUGGUUUUAUGUUGUAAUUACACUGAUAUUUGUUAGGCCUAUUCUAACAGCAUGUUAUUGGAUAAUCUAAUUGAACAAUGAUGACUGUUUUAACAA